AUGGGGGACAAGAUCCACAGUAUCAGUGACGAGGCCAAGGCUCUCGGAGAGAAGAACAAAGAGCAUUUCGACCAAGUAGCUGCUGACGUGUUCAAGCAUCCCUGGAUUCAGCGGUUAUGUAGCCAGAUAUCCGACGAGUUACAACAAAACCUAGGCUGGAUCGGCGUUCCUGACAAGCCGGGUCAGUUCAAAAUGCUUGAUUAUGCCUGCGGCAACGGCGUUGCUUCUCGUGCACUCGCCCCGUAUGUCUCCGUCGUCCGCGGCAUCGACAUCUCAUCCAAGAUGGUUGAGCAAUACAACAUGCUUGCAGAAGCUGCUGGAUUUAGCUCGGAUAAAAUGAGAGCUAUACACGGGGACUUGAUGGACCCCGAAGCAUCGCCCUCUCCCGAGCUUGACACUCCAGAGUUCAACGACUUCGAUCUCAUCGUUAUGUGCAUGGCUCUCCACCAUGUACAGGACUACACAGCCAUGAUUCAGAAGCUAAGCGAAAAGCUCCGCUCUGGUGGAGUGCUUCUGAUUAUAGACUUGGUCGCUUCCUCAGAAAGUGGCUGCCCUGAAGCCCCCUUGUCUAAAGAGUUGUCUAACCAUACAAUGUCCAAAAUGGGGUUUACCGAGGUAGAGGUGAAGACUGCAUUUGAGAAAGCUGGCCUGGAGGGUUGGUCUUGGAGAUGGUGCUCUGAGAGAUCCCAGGUCCCUGAGGAAAUAGGCGGAGAACAGCAAGGCUUUUUUGCUCGAGGUUGUAAGAGCGCUGGGAUUGGUGUGGUUAAGCAGGUCUAA